AUGGGGAAACGCAUCAUCGUCACCGGCGGCUCAGGCAAAGCCGGCCAACACAUAAUCACAUACCUCCUUGACCAAGGCCACGACAUCCUCAAUCUAGACCUAGUCCCCCUCCCAGCACACUUGGCCGAUCGCGUCCACACAAUGCGCGUCGACCUAACGGACGCAGGCCAAACAUACAGCGCCUUCGGCUCCCACUUCCACCUAACAGAGCCCUUCCGUGAACCACUGGGCCUAGUCCCCGACGCAGUAAUCCACCUAGCAUCCUACGCCCGCAACAUGCUGGUACCCGACACCGAGACCUUCCGCUGCAACGCCACAGCCCAAUACAACGUGAUCGAAGCGGCCUCCCGCCUAAACUUCAAGAAGAUCAUCCUGGCAAGCUCGGUCUCCGUGUACGGAAUCGCCUACGGCGAGGGCGAUCUCGAGUACCCGUCUUUCCCUGUUGACGAGGAGGUCGACGCAAACCCGAUGGAUACGUAUGCGAUUUCUAAGAUGUGCGGGGAGCGCAUCGCGCGCGGGUUUGCGCGGAGGUAUGGGUCUGAUAUUUAUGUUUUGCGGAUUGGGAGGAUCGUUGCGCCUGAGGAGUAUAAGGAGGAGAUGUUUGAUUCUUAUGUGCGGAAGCCGGAGGAGUGGGCGGUGCAUGGGUGGUCGUAUACUGAUACGAGGGAUUUGGGGCAGAUUUGUGAUUUGGCGGUUGAGAAGGCUGGGCUUGGGUUUCAGGUUUUUAAUGCUGUUAAUGAUGAAAUUACGAAUUAUGAGGCUUCGUCGAUGGAGUUUUUGAAGCGCGUUGCGCCGAAUACGCCGUUUACGAGGGAUAUGGGGUUGAGGGAGGCUCCUAUAUCUAACUUGAAGAUUAGGGAAUUGUUGGGCUUCCGACAGAAGCAUCCUUGGCAAGUAUAUUAUGAGAUGUGA